AUGCUCCUCGAGCCAAACCAGUGGCAAUUAAGGGCGGCACACGGCGCCGCGAGCCCUCGGAGAAGGGCGCCCAAUCUGUCGGCGGUGGCGCAUGAUAUGGCGAAGAAGCCGCCGCCGGCGCCGCAGCAGCCGCCGCCGCCCGCGUGCUCCACCCGCAGCAGCACCCGUCGCGGUCCGCAGAACGCAGCAGGCCACCGCGGCGGCAAAUCCGCCGCCGCCGCCGCCGCCGUCUGUCCGAGGUUCCGUUCAAGCGCAGGUCGGGCCGGCGCUCUCAACUUUCUCUUCUUCAUCUCCCGGCGGGGCGGCGGCUUCGCCUUCAAUACUGGCAGGUGUGUCCACCACGUCCUGGAGGAGGUCCAGCAGGUCCGGCGCGGCCACCAGGACUUCUCCCGGCAGAGGGAGGAGCUGGGCCAGGGCUUGCAGGGCGUCGAGCAGAAGGUGCUGUCUCUUCAAGCUACAUUUGGGACUUUUGAGUCCAUCUUGAGGAGCUCCCAGCAUAAACAAGACCUCACGGAGAAAGCUGUGAAGCAAGGGGAGAGUGAGAUUAACCGGAUCAGUGAGGUUCUGCAGAAGCUCCAGAAUGAGAUUCUCAAAGACCUCUCUGAUGGCAUCCACGUGGUGAAGGAUGCCCGGGAGCGGGACUUCACGUCUCUCGAGAACACGGUGGAGGAAAGGCUGACAGAACUCACCAAGUCCAUCAACGACAACAUUGCCAUCUUUACCGACGUCCAGAAGAGGAGCCAGAAGGAAAUCAACGAUGUGAAGGCAAAGGUCGCCUCUCUGGAAAAUUCCGAGGGGUACAAGCAGGAUCUGAAAGCCUUGAAGGAAGUUGUGAAGGAAAUCCAGUCCUCUGUGAAGUCCAGAGAGAAGGACAUCGAGGCCUUGAGAAGCACCCUCCAGACCUUGGAAUCUGACGUCUACACAGAGGUCAAGGAGCUGGUGAGCCUCAAACAGGAGCAGCAGAAAUUCCAGGAGGCAGCCAAUUCGGAGCACCUCACCUUGCAGGCCCUCACGGAGAAGGUUCUCCAGUCGGAGGAGGCCACCUCCCGCCUCCCUGAGGAGAUCAGGAGACUCAAGGAGGAGCUGCGCCACCUGGAAACUGAGGCCCUCAGGCCGGAAGAAGGGGUUUACAAAAACUCUGAUGCCUUAGAAGCGCUCCAGGAAAAGAGUCAGGGAUUGGACUCCAGGCUCCAAACCGUGGAAGACAGAGUGGAUGCCGUGCAGACGGCCUCUGCGCGGCACAGCGAGAGCCUAGAGGCCCUGCUGGCCAAGAGCGAGGAGCAGGAGCGGCGCCUGGCCGCCCUGCAGGAGCGCGUGGCCAGCCUGGGCCCCUCGGAGGAUGACGCGGGCGGCCUGGCCAGCACGGUGAGGAGCCUGGGCGAGGCCCAGCUCUCGCUCUACGGCGACGUGGAGGAGCUGAAGAGAAGCAUGGGCGAGCUCCCCAGCACUGUGGAGGCUCUCCAGAAGGUGCAAGAGCAGGUGCACACGCUGCUGGGGCGGGACCCGGCCCGGGCGGCCCCCUUGCCUCCUCAGGACUUCCUGGACAGACUCUCUUCUCUAGACAACCUCAAAGCCUCAGUCAGCCAAGUGGAAUCAGACUUGAGGAUGCUCAGGACUGCCGUGGACAGUUUGGUCGCCUACUCGGUGAAAAUAGAAACCAACGAGAACAACUUGGAAUCAGCCAGGGGCUUGCUAGAUGACCUGAGGAAUGACCUGGAUAGGUUGUUUGUGAAAGUGGAAAAGAUUCAUGAAAAAGUCUAA